AUGACUUUCAUACGUUUCCUCCAUGAGGCUAUUAAACAGAUAAGAGAAGCCCGCAAUAUCCAGGUUCCGGAAGACCCUUUCGAACUUCAGCCGUGGGAUCCCGUGUAUAGGUGGCUAAGUCGCAGAGCCAGAAAGCGUCUCAGAAAAUACAGUCUCAAAUGCAUGAUUUACAGAUUGAACGAGCUCAACAAGGCCAGGACUCGUCAGCAAUGGAGCCAGUUUCCAGACGAAUCUCUUGAAACUCCGCAAGGAGCCAUCUUGGACGUUACUCCGCACCAGGAGGUUCUCGAUAAUCAACCACCAAUCUUGGUGGAGACGGGAGGAAUCCGCUAUCUACCAAAGGCAUUCAGCUUCUUCGAGUUUCCAAACUACCGCGGUGACGAGCUUCUGCAGUGUGAGCGAUGCGGGACUCUGUGUGAUCUCAACUUCAACAUCGUGGCAGCUCAAGGGCGCGGGGGGGGCCAGACUGGCGAAAACACCCAAGUCAUUCCCUACAUCUACUGCCCACUCGGAUCCUUUUCGGCUUGCCAAGGUCGAAGCCGGCCAGAGUGGGAGGCAGCCGAAAAGCUCAUGUUUGAGACAACGAAGAACGCCGCCCUCAGCGAGCAGCAGCAGUAUUUGAGGCUCGAAAACCUCGUCCAACUCAGGCCCCAAGUGUUCAACGAGACUUGCAUUGAUCGAACUGAUCGCGAAAUCUUCAAUGCCUACCGAGCCGUCAGGCUUGUCUGGCUCGCGGUCCUGCAGCGACGAAUGUACCACCCGCAAGAUGGGUUUGACCAAGACUUUUGCCGAUCGCACGAGAAAAUCCCGCUUUGGGGAGACUUGCUGACGGACAUGACGCUGGUCGGAAAGAGGCUCCUCAGCAGAGCCAUCAUCAGGGAAGCUUACGGAAUCAGUUGGGAGGCUGCCGACUAUCUGCGCCGCUACCAGUCUGAAUGGCAAGAGGAGCUGAGCUGGAUCAAUGCCUUUGCGGGCUGUCGUUGCUUCAUGCCCAUGGAUCAAGCCUUCAGAUCCACCUACGCGGCCGUCUGCGUCGGGUUGGUCUUGGACACUCUCGUCCAAGCCGAGGAGAAGCUCGACCGGAAGAGCUAUGACCGGCUGCAGGAGUUCGACCAGGCCAAGAGAAAGGCGCGGCACCAAUUCAGGAGCCUCCACAGCACUCUGGUGGGCGUACCCGCUGCGCUGCGCGCUCAAGCCCGGGAAAGAGAAGACUUUGGCUACAUUCAGGAGGGAUACGGGGAGCAGCCGAGUGUACGUCUGGUCUUGGCAUCGAAAUCCCGGCUGCCGAUUUUCAUAGGGCCCAGCCUGAUGGGCCUCGUGACUGCUAAUGGCGAGACGGGAGAGACGGGAGAGACGGAAGUGACAGGAGAGACGGGAGAGACGGGAGUGACAGGAGUGACAGGAGUGACAGAAGAGACGGGAGAGACGGGAGAGACGGGAGUGACAGGAGUGACAGGAGUGACAGGAGUGACAGGAGAGAAGGAAGAGACGGAAGAGACGGAUAGGUCGCAAGAGGAGAAGUUUUGA